CCUGGAUUUGACGGUAGGUACACCAGAUGAUAUUCAAAUACGUCGAGACAUCUACGAUCUGUACUCAAAGAUGAAAUGUGUUUCGCCACAAUAUCAGGAAUAUAUUUCUGGAAGUCUAAGUGAAGGUUUUCAGUUUUACUGGAUCGAUCUUGAUGUAAUGUCUUCCCCUUUAGUAGUGAAUGUUGUUCUAGAAGUUGAAGAUGUUAUAAACCCACAGUGUGAAUUCAUCGCUAUUGAUAGUGGUUGUCAACCUGGCUUUAGCAAGCUAUUACCAUUAUAUAGUUUUGUUAACAGAGAUGCUACAUGUUUAAAUCUUGAUACUUUGUGUCUAUCUAGAAUUAGUUUUUUACAAGAAAAGCUUAAGUACAUUCUCAAUAAAAAUUGUGAUAGUAAAAGUCAUGGACCAUGCAUUAGUACAAAUUUUCCAAAAGGAUACGACAUUUGUUAUGGUAUCCCGAUCGAUCCAGAUUCAUCGAAUAAAUUUUUGAAGAACUUCACCACAAAUUUCUGGGAUACUGUAAAAUCGGACAUUUUAAAGCAAAAAGAAAUACCUAUCAUGCAUUUUGUGCCAAAAGGUCCUAUGGAAGGAGAUAAUAGUGGCAUUCAGUGGCUUAAAUCCUUUUCAGUUCUCGAAAAGUAUAUCGUCCGAUCUUUAAAUCAUGUUCAAUUUUGUUGUUAUGGUCUAUUGAAAAUUGUAAUUCAUUUUGAGAUUGAAGAAUGCCUUGAGACACAGGACACGCUUUGUUCUUACCAUCUAAAGACAGUUCUAUUUCAUGUUUUAGAGGAUAUUCACGUCAACUUUUGGAUUCCUAGUAAUAUAAUCUGGUGUUUUCGAAUAUGCUUAAUACGACUUUUAUUAUAUGUGCAGAAAGGCGUGUGUCCGAAUUAUUUCAUACCAGAUUGUAAUCUUUUUUUAAAAGAGGGAUUUAUGGAGAAAAAAUAUAAGAUUGAGGGAAGGCUUCUUAGAGUUUUACAAUACAGACCUGAUGAUCUGUUACGUUUCCUACAACCACUGUCUUUUCGAAAUCUUGUAUGUUUGAUACCAAAUGCUUCAAGGAAAUUGAAAAAACUAAUGACGAUAUCUUUUGCAUUACUAUGUGUAAAAGGACACCAUACAACAUACAAUGAAUGCAUGUUAUCAAUUUUUAAUAUCAUCAAUGCCUUUGAAAAGGAAGAAAAAUAUUUAAUGAAAACAGUGUUAAUUUAUCUCUUUUCGAUCGUUAUGAGAAGAGCUGGAGUAAUCUUGUACGAAAAAUUUAUACUGACUGGAUUUCGUGAAUAUCUGUUUUCAUCUGAAGCAGCCUUAUCCUUAGCAAGAUAUUCUAAUGCAUCUGGGGCUCUUUAUUUAGCAACUUUAUAUUACUGUGAAAGAAAAUUUAAACAUGCAAUACAUGUUAUUUCUGGUGUUCUUACAAAACUACCUGACAGUAUACUGUUUUGUAUUUCAUACAACAAUGCUCUGCUGAAAGAUAUAGCCAACAGUAGUUUUACUGAUUUAUUGAGGAAUUACAAUUCACAUUCAGUGUAUCUGGAUAGAAAUAGCUGCUUCCGCCCACAACUUCUUGAAAAUGAGGUUAAUGGAUGUAUUAUAGGUGAAUAUGUAAUGUACGAUAAAUCAUACGCUUAUUUCCUUAAGUUCCUUUGUUAUCUGGAAUUUAAAAAUAAACGGAAAUGCACAAAAACUCUUUCAAAACUGUACAAAUCAUAUACAGACAUCCGGUUUAUCGUGUACGAUUCUCAAACUAAACGGAAUUCUAGAACACUAGGAAUUAUAGCAAAGAGUAGAAUGAAGCUUUUGAAUUGAUCAUACUUUACAAUUAUUCGGUUGCUAAGAACUUUUCUGUGAUGCAAUGUU